UUUGACCCCUUUGACAUACAGCAGCUGGACCUUUAGCUAGUGUUGUGGAUAGGCGUAGCUUUGGGUCACGUGGUGUCGGUAAUAGUGAUUGCUAUAUCAUCUGUUCACGUCCUGAGGGAAUUUUUGUGAACGAGUGGGUGAUGGGGGAAGUCGACUUUUGCUCAAGCUUAGACUGUUUUUGAUCACUGUUUUUCUACGGAUUUUAAGGAUUUGAUAACAAAUAAAGGAGUUUUAACCUGGAAAUUUGACUUACGUUUUAAACAGCGGGCGCGUCAACAUUAUUCCCCUAUUCAGCUGCUCGGCGACUCAAAGGCUUGACAGUCGCCAAUAUUUGUCAGCAAAAAGUGCGACGGCAAUGGAGCCUCCCGCAAUCAGCGCUGAAUAAACGCCGACGCGAGCCCACACACCGCCGCCACUACACCCAUAAAAGCGGCUAGUCUGACAGAUAAGGAGAAGACGACGGUGAACACAACAGCCAUGGAGGACGUUGGUGUUGAAAAUAUGAAGGGUUUGGCGGAUGCUUUCGCCAGAUCUAAAAGCAUUGAGGAUUUCCUCCUGGACCCCAACAUUUUCAUUCCAUUGCAGGCAACGACAGUUGAGGAUCCCACGAGACUUGUUCGGAGUAAAUUUGAUUACGACGGAGUGGUGGUUGAACUAAAAAACUUGAAAGGCCUGCAUAUACCCUUUUCUAGGUUGAACAUGGCACCCUUCAAAAUGCACCAGCUGAAAAACUCCUGGCACACCAUAAAGAAACACUUUGACCUUAGUAAGGUGUCUAUGGAGGGCUUAAAAGUGCUGCCAAAGAUUCCACGAGCCAUGGAGGAUGUUGCUAGGGAGAACAUGGAUGGUUUGGCCACAGCAUUUUCAAGUGCCUCCAGUGUUCCAUAUUUCCUGACUGACCCAGAGAUCCUCAUUCCUCUGCAGGCUAGUACUGUUGACAAUGCUGGUGAGCAACUAGAUGCUGACUUCGAUUUUGAUGGCAUCGUAAUCGAACCGAGAUGGCUGGAAAGGUUGAAGCUGUUGUUCUCAAAGUUCAACCUUUCUCUCUACCGAAUCCAACAGCUGCGGAAUUCUUGGCAUUUGAUCAAGAAACAUUUUGAUCUAACCAAGUUUUCCAAGGAAGGCUUGAAAGUCCUACACAAGGUUUGAGGCAUCGACCUUGUUGAGCUGGAUGAAGGAUUUAAAUUGCAUGUUGUUGCAAUUCCCCGAUCCCUUGUUAGGGUUGACAAAGCCUGUCAGUCCCCACAGAAACCAUUGAUCUCAUCAAUGGUAUGAUGAUCAACUUUGUGGAGAAUCUUAAAUUGUUCUGCUCGCUCUUCAGAAACUUGAAUGUAUGCCUGGUAGAAUGCCCUGCAUGGAUUACAGCUUAGUUUGUAACUGUGUGCUUGGUGUGGCUGAAAAAAUUGCUCAUCAACUUUACUGUUGCGGUGAGGACCUGCAGAUGGCGAGGCAUUGUAACACUUUACAAUUAAUGUGUUCUUGAGGAGGAAAAGUGGCUUCACUGGUGCUUUGCUAACACUGUCAAUAAAGUCUUGAUGUGUAAGGUGAUAUGGUGUGUUAGGGAGAGAUUGUGUCACUGCAGUCCGGGAGUUCACAUCAUACUGCUGCUCUGCCCUGUGAUGUCUGAAGUUUAUCUGGCUUAGACGUUUAGGUUCAAGGUUCUUUGCUGUCCCUGCAUUCCACCUGCGCUGCUCAUCUGUACACACAAGCCCUGUCUUUCCACUGAUCGCAGCAUUCUGCACCUGUAACAAACAUUAAUAGUUUUUUCUCACUGUCAAUACUCAAGAUUUCAAAUAAUGAGGAAGUUUACACUAACAAAAGCAGUACACGGUCGGUGUCCUGCAUGUUAUAGAUAUGACCCUGGGUCAAUACACCUGAAUCAUAUCCAAAACGGAUAUAAACACUGGCAAAGCCACCCUUAUUAUCCAUUUCAUAUUAAUAGUCAGUUACUUUUUGAUGCAGAAAUAUACAUCCACAGUCUAAUUUUUUUCAAAGUAGUGUGUGUGUACAAAUAUACAUACAUAUAUAAACAAACACAGGAGGUCGAGAAAGUGGCCUACACAUCGGAAGGUUGGUGAUUCACUCUGCUCCAGUCGCCAGGUAUCCUUCAUACCAAGACACUAACUCCAAGGUGCUCUCCGAUGCAUCCAUCGGAGUUUGAUUGUGUGUGAGCAUUAAAAAGCACUUGCAUAUGUAAAUCUUAGAAAAAAAGCGCUUGGGUGAAUGAGGCAAGUUGUAUAAAAGCACUUUGAGUGCUCAGAGUAGAAAAGCACCAGUUUAUCCUUUAACUUAACUAUAAUGAAGCUUCUUCGUUUAAAAUAAAAGGAAUCAGGUUAUCACAAAACAACUUUGAAGGUUCCACAGAGCUUCACAAACAAGUGUAAACACCAUAAACAAAGUGUCCAUCGUACUAAA